CCCGGUGUCCGGGUAAGAUGGCGUCGGAGGAGCAGUGCUCGGCGCCGCCACCGCGAUGGCAGUCGGUCUCCUUAACCCACGUAGAGUAUCCGGCCGGUGAUCUGACUGGACAGAUGCUGGCCUACACCAGUCUGCUGCCCAUGGCGAUCCUGGUCGGCUUCGUCACGCUCAUCAUCUUUAAGAGGGAGCUGCACACGAUCUCAUUCUUUGGUGGUUUGGUGAUGAAUGAAGGGCUAAACUGGCUACUGAAGCACAUCCUGCAGGAGCCCCGCCCAUGUGGGGGAGGCCACAGCACUGUAACAACAGAGUACGGCAUGCCUUCCAGCCACUCGCAGUUCAUCUGGUUCUUCGUUGUUUACUUUUUCCUUUUUCUUUAUUUAAGAAUGCAUCAGACAAACAAUGCUAGGUGCGUGGAGUUGUUAUGGAGACAUGUGCUCUCAAUCAUCCUACUGGGUGUGGCUUUGGCUGUAUCGUACAGCAGAGUUUACCUUCUGUACCACACCUGGAGUCAGGUGAUCUAUGGGGGCGUGGCUGGAACGGUGGUAGGGGUGGUGUGGUUUUUCAUCACGCAGGAGUUGUUGACACCCAUCUUCCCCAAAAUAGCAGCCUGGCCCAUAGCAGAGUUUUUCCUGGUGAGGGAUACAAGUCUCAUUCCUAAUAUUUUAUGGUUUGAGUACACGGUCACCAGAUCAGAAGCCAGAAACAGACAACGAAAGCUGGGAACAAAGCUUCAGUGAUCUUCUCUCCACUGGUUCAAACUGACAAAAAGGAACACACAGAUUCUCUCACAAGCACACACACACACACAUGUGCACACACAUUCCCACACACACACACACACACACACACGUGCACACACAUUCCCACACACACACACACACACAGACGCUCCUACAUCCUCGUACACACUGGAGAUUUAUCGUCUGGACUGUUCUGGUCGAGAUUCGAGGGCAGGACCAUUUUCAGGUGGACCAAAAGGGGGAGAGGUCAGCCACGACUGUUAAUAUCCAAGUGACCAGAGUGUGUGGCGGACCGCAUCUCUCCUCUCCACCCCCCAACCACCCCCCCAACACCACACCUCCCUUCCCACCAAGACCGGCCCUGUGUUUCUAAUGCAUGCUGACCGUGCAAGAGGCAAAGCUAUUUAAUGAGAAAUGUAAUAUAUAUUUUAACCAUUAACGCACGCGGGCGAAAUCAAAAUACCCUGAACUGAACUGUGUCCGGCGUAAAGGAGAGAGAGAGAGAGAGAGCGCGUGUGAGAGAGAGAGUGAGAGAGAGAGAGAGAGAGUGAAUGAGGAUUUCUUUAGUGUGUAACCUUUUGGCAGGCAUUGCUACAGCAUGACAUAGUGGACCCUUUUUUUUUUUAAUAACUGUGUAAGGGGUUAAAUGUUUUCGGAUUUGGAUUAGGGUUUUGGGGUUUAUAGCAGAAGGGAAGAAUAGAUGUUUCGGGUGGGUGUUGUAUUUGUUUUGCCUGUUUUGUUCGUUUUUUGUUUGUUUUUUUUCCCCCUCCAUUCUUAUAUUUCAGUAAAGAGAAGAGUUUCUGUACUCUGGUAACAUGUAAUAUCAAGUAAGAUAAUUUGCACUUUGUGAAUUUGAAAGAGAAAAAAAAACUUUUCUUUUUUUUCCCCUUUUUUUUUAUUAACACUAGUUACCAUCAGAGAAAAUGAACAUCUUUCAUUCUC